GCAAUAAACUUCCACAACGGCUUGGUUAACCAAUAAAUAGUUAGGAAUUUUGGGUGGAAAAACACUUUUUCGUGGUCGGUGAGCAACAGAACGGCAAACUUGUGUCGUUUCGUUUUGGGGAAUAAAUAAGAUCAACCGUCUAGUUGUCAUGGCAACGGCAUUCACUAUAGUUACUCUGUUGGUAUUUUUAUCAAGUUUAGAAACAACUGAGUCUAGAAAUACUCCUUUUCAAAAUGAAAAUUCUUUAAGACGAAAUCAGCCCAGUGAUGAACAAUGCGCAGUACGCCGGCCAGACGGUACUUGCCUCAAUCAAUGGCGAGUGGGAAAGAAAGAAAAAAGCGGAUUAGACGUGUUAGAGAAAAGACAAGCCAAAUGCGAUAGAAGAAUGUCAAUGAACUGUAGGAUGAUGGGAAGAAAAAGAGCGCUACACAACAUAGACUGUACUCAACCAGAAGGUCGACGUAGCCUCCUCUGCAGAAAAGAAUACUACAAACGGCUGUACCCUAGCACACCAUGCGACAAGCGAUUCGAAAAUUGUGAGAAGCUCUACAUGUACAAAUCAGCUCAGAAAAGCGCAGACUUAGAAACGAAGGAAACCCAGAAAUGUGACUUGAAAUCCCCCCUCUGCUACUUUCCAUACCCUGGGAAACGAAAACCCAAGCAAGACAAGGAUUUGGGAAAAAAAGAAAGUCCUGACAAAACUGGGUCGAAAUAUUCACUGCUGCCCGAAACAAGCCGAGAAGAAGUGGAAGAAGAAGAGGUUGACCACAAGGAAAGCGUUACUGAGACAGAGAAUAACCUCUUGGGGGGAUUUUUCGUGGGGCGCGAGACGACAAAGCUGCCGUACGAGAAAGAAGAACAGGAAAUGGACGGUGUACCUACUAUAGAAGAAGAUGGCGACGACCCUAAACCUGUUGCUUGUAACCCGAAGAGAGACUAUCAAUGUCGUUUUAGAAUAUUUUCUGGCAAAAGAGACCAGACCUUCAAAAAAGCAGCAAGCCCAAAGUCCUACAAAUAAACUAUAGCCAAGCUCCAUGAAAAAAAAAUCACCGAAGUAAAAGAAAUUAGAUUAGAUUAAGAACAUUAGAUUUACUUAAGAUUUCGAUUGCAGAUUAUAUAUAUUUUUUCGUCUGUAUAGACAAAGAGUAAAAUGUACUUAAAUUAGCUGCAGAAAAAGGAGGGAAAAUGGAUGUGGAACUUAGUACUUUAGUUCUCGUAGAACCUGCACACACUUAGAAAGACGUUUUUGUUGGGCUUGUGACGUCAUGGCCGCCAUGUUGGAUGACAUCAAUAAAAGACAUCAUUCAAUAUGGCGGGUUUGGACGAAUUUCAAAACCUAUUUUGGGCCGAGCACGAAUGUAUCCCGCAGGGAAUUCUGGGAUACUUCAGAAACCAAGCAAAACCACAAUACAUCGCGUUUCGUAUAUCUAGAAGCCCAUGCAAGGUAAUUUAGUUUUCAAUUGUCAUAGAGAUCUUUUAAACACACUCAAAUUGGGUUUCCUGUGGUUACAUUAUCUUUCCGAGUCUGCGCACUAUUUCAUUACUACGCAACUAACUACAACUCCCUUUCUCCUUUAUUAGAAGCGAUAGGCAUUAAUAAUCAUUAGGAUAAUAUCUACAAGGCUAAUAAUUUCUUAAGAUAUGACAAGCUAAAUGAAAAUUACUGAAUGGAAUAAAUUGAGAGAAUUGAA